AUGAGGAUUAAGGAGAUCAUCCCAGAAGCGAAGAACUCCGACGCCCGCAACGCUAUCCAAGAGAUCACAAACUUAUUGAUCCACCGGAACGACCAAAUCGAAGAACUGAUUGAAGAUGUCCUCGAGCGCAAGAUCCAAGUGUACCAGAAGGCCCGUAAGAUGAAGGCUAAAGCGAGACCUGGUACCAAGAACGGCUUUCGCGCGGUGAGUUUCCAAGCACCCUCAUUGAACUACAAGAAGAGCUGCGAGUCAAAGUUUGAACCCGACAAUUUACAAGAUCGGCCGCGUGAUCAGCUUUACGAAUUGAAGCAAGCCCAGUGUGCGAGCUUGACCGAGUAUGUUGCUAAGUUGCGACGAAUCUGUACGCAAGUGUGCGAAUUUGCCGAGCGCGACAAGGUGUCCUGGUUCCAACGUGGUCUGCAAACCAGAACUUGUGAGGAGUUGCAGUAUCGUCGUUGUGAGACUGUGACUCUCGCGAUCCAAGUUGCCCUGAACUAUGAGCGCUCCCACAACUCGAUCCUUAACGGAUUUCAAGAUCUCCGCCAUCCGUUCAACAACCGACUCCAAGGAAACCGCCCGCCGAAUGCGUAUCCCCCAAGCCAGCACCAAGAUGACGAUAUGGAAGUAGACAACGCCCAAGUACAACACCGUGGACAACGCCAAGUAGACCCCUGUUACAACUGCGGACGCAUGGGCCACAGAAUCAGUGACUGCCGCUCUCAACCCCGGAACAAUCAAGGAAGAAGCCAAGCUCAACCCCAGCGCAACAACAUCUCAAGACAUGCCAACCGGCCUCAGCGACCCCAGCGCAAUACACCAAGUCGUCAGCACAAUGCUCAAGUAACCGAAGUCAACAGCGACACAGAAGACAGCGAAGAUGACGUAGAAGAAGUGAUCCUAGGCAACAACAUGGGCCUAGCCCAGCAAGACUCCGCGGAGGAGUCGCUUAACAUCAAUACCGCCCAGCAAGCAGUGCCAGCGCAAGAAAACAAGUUGAUGAUAGUUCACGGCGCACUCGACAAUACAAGCGUUCGCAUCCUGAUCGACUCUAUUGCCUCGAACUUGCUUUGCCGCCCAGGCUUGGCCAAGACAGUGAUCCGCUCCGAAGAAGUUCAAGCAGAAGGCCUUGAUGGACACUGCUCUGGCAUCAAGAAAGUGAAGGAAAUAUCUGACACACUUUGCUUUGGUCAAUGGACGUUCCUGGAUCUUAUACUUACCGAGUGGGAUCUCGGGAAGAAGGACUUUGACGUCAUAGUGGGAAAACCUUUGCUCUUUUAUUUCAACCCUGUCAUCGACUGGCCAGCGGUAUGUGUUAGGGUAGCAGCAACUCUAACCCGCCACGCUAAUGACAAAUUCAAUGUGUUGACAGCUACCAACGUUGAUUUUGACAUCAUGCUCGGCAAAACACAGUACGAGCAAUGUUUUCAGGCAAACCUUCGGUGCAGCCAGUCGACAUUCCGCUGUCUUGCGUCGUGGCUCAGCACAUUACAUCCAGAGUUGAUGAGACGGGAGACGUCGCACUGGUUCAAGAAGAAGGUUGCAGUGCAGCUGUAUUUUCUGUGGUCCGAGGGUGGUUAUCGUGAAACAGGAGCUGCAUUUGGCAUGUCCAAAUCGUGGAGCGUGGAGACCGUGAACGUAUUCGUCGCUGCCUUGGCGAAGCAAGCAAAGUAG